AUGUCUCGCCCAAUUGAGCCAUUGAAAGAGAUCAAUGAUUCCAAAGAUUUGUGGAAGAUCGCAGUUAGAUGCAAACAUCUAUGGACUGUCACAAGUUAUUCAAACAAAGAACACAUGGAGAUGGUUUUGGUUGAUUCUAAGCGUGAUAUGAUUCAGGCUGUUGUCCCUGCUUAUUUGCUUUCGAAAUUCAAAUAUGAAAUUGAAACAGGAAACUCUUAUAUCAUGCAAAAUUUUAAAGUUGGGAAGAAUGAUUUUGCUUUUAAGUCGACAAAUCAUACAUACAAAUUGGUUUUUUGUGGGUCAACUUCUGUUAAGAAAGCAGAAUUUCCUGACAUCCCUCAUAACUACCUUAACAUUAUUGGUUUGAAUUUCAUAGUUGAAGGAAGGUUUCAAUCAAAUGUUUUGGUUGAUUUGAUUGGAGGAAUCACUGAUAUCACUCAAACCCAAGUUAACAGUGACAACAGCAAGAACAGAAUAGUUUUUUCAAUUGUAGAUGCCAGCAAAACAGUUGUACAAUGUACUCUUUGGGGGCAACUUGCAGUUCAGCUAUGUGAGUAUUAUAAGAAUAAUAAGCAAGCCUCUGAUGUUGUCAUUGUGCUAAUCAAUGCAAGGGUUAAAGAGGCUCAAGGAGGAUUUCCAGUUAGUGUUUCCAACACAUGGAAUGGAACGAAAUUGUUGAUUAAUGACCUUGCUAUUGAGGAAGUCAAGAAUCUAAAAGAAAGGUACUAA